GGAGAAGCCUCCCUUUUAUGUGACAUAUAUUAUUUCCCCUUUCAGCUGUUGCAUGCGUCUUGGGAAUUUUCUGUUAUGUCGAUCUUGAGAGCCGAGCAGCCCCGAUGAGUAUCCGCAUGAUACAAGAAUCGAGCGGCGGCCUAUCUCCAUCAGGCAUAUUAUAUAUAUUGGUAAACCGGGUAGGGGUUUUGUAGUGGACAUAUUAUGUCCAGGACGCGUGUAGAGGAGAACACCCAGUGAGCAUCGAUGCGUGCCAGACUGUCGGGGACUGGGUGCAGCAAAGAGCAGCUUCGAAAAAGCAAACAGUGAACUAGAAUGAGAUCUGCAUGAUGACAGCAACGCGCCUGAUCGGAAUCCCACUUAUGUAUGUAUCUCGGUUUCAACGCGGCGAGAAUUGGCAACCUCGAUGUGAAGAAAUGGGCGGCUCUCAACACCAUCUCGUCUUCUGCUCUCCGAACCUCUGCCUCCCAUUGCAACCACCACUAAGCGACUACUGUGGCAUUUCCCCCUGGUUCUCAUUCUGCGACUCUCGGUUUGCGAUAGUCGUGAGGAAUAAUGCUAAUCUAAGCAAAACAAGGAAGCGUAGGCGACUGGUCAAAAUGUCGUAUCAGGAACCCUCUGGCUCCAUCCGCGGCGCACACACUAAGGACCUCCAAGCUCGAAACACGAGACUAUUGAUUAGCUCUUGCUUUUGGCAUGGCAUGGGCUGCAGACAUCGUCGUCCGAGGCCGAUGGCUCUGCCAAUUCUGCUAAGAAAGCCUGUGGGCGAGAUCAACCAUGGAUGGCGCUGCUGCCAGGCUCUUGUCCCAUUAAGGCAGAAAUUAUAUGCGCCGGGCAAGCUGCCAAAAAAAUUGAGCAGACGCUAUAUCUAUCUACGGACGCCUUUCUUUCCGCCUUUCAUAUUCCUCUCUGUCUGUCUGUCUGUCUGUCUGUCUGUCUGUCUUCACUCUGUCGCCGCCUCCUUCCGAGCACUCGUUGAUUGUGCACCAAUUUCUACUGUGUACCACCAGAGAUAGAUAUCCCUUCUUGUGUUUUGGUCUGCCGCUUGUCCUCACCAAUCGUUGACCUCCCUAUCCUUUUCUAGAACGUUUCUCAGAGGCCGGUGACAUCGGCUCGAACCCCUUGCUGGGAAAAGAGGAAUCCCUUUGCUGCGUCUGCAUGCAGGUUCCAUCGCCUUGGUUUCGGGAAACGCGAUCGAAAACAGUCGCCGUUUGUACAUGUACAACCAACUGAUAUCACUUCCACUAUAAUAAUUCUACACUACUAUACUCUCCGAAACGACCGCAUUCUCCCAUCUACGCUGCAAUUGACAUUCACGGCUCUCAAUCGAAGACUAAUUCAACUGCCACGAGCCAGAGUGCAUUGUGAAUCUCUCUGGCCACGACUAUAAAUAACCCCGAACGAUCGUUCUUGGCCCAAAAAAAAAUCCCAUCAAAAAUCAUCGACUCUCUUUCGACAACAUUUACUACCUACUUUCGCUUUACAGGCCUGGUCACCUUCAAGAACUUCAACGAAGAAAAAAAGCUCCCCUUGCGCAUUGCCAACUCCCGCCCCUUGUCAGUCCCAACCAACCUUAAACCUUGGGUUUCGUGGCGCACUGCACUACUGACAGCAACCAUCCAUCCCAUCCCCCUUCAGCGCUCCUCCCGAAGUCCCCAGCGAGAAAAUCCCCAGAGGUGAUUGAAGAGUUAGCGUGUGCCGAGCCCUGAAGCCGACCCACCGAACUAAGGCUAGUCUGGCCUAUUGGACCGCCGAAGCUGGUCCCGAAAACCGCACCACCGGUAAUCUAGCAAAACUCAAAGGAACGAUUCGGUUCGUUGAGCGACUCGGAAGCCCAAUUGGCCAGUGGACGCAGAACUGCUUUUUAAUACAACCGACUCCUCGGGUCGUGCAUUCCGUCAUCCUGCCGACAAUCACAAAGUAAUAAUACUCAUCAUGGCUAAUUCGACCUGUCCCCAUCAAUGGGCGAUUAUCCAGAGUGACCUGAGCCUCCUCAGUUGGAACUGUUCCUACUGUACGUCCGGUCCUUUUUUUGCAAUCUGGCAGUGUAAACUCUGUCACCAGAAUAAGUGUGAUCCUUGCUAUAGAAAGGGAUAGUUCCAAGUUCUAGAUUGGUUGUUCAUCCAGUUUUUGGCGUGUUGCUACUUUUCGGUCGUGCUGUCUGUUUACUGCGUAUUCUUAUUUUUCAAUUGUAUUCCCUCUGUUUUUGGUUCGCUUUUCAGUUUUAUCUAACCUAUUAAUAUAUUUUUAUUUUAUUUAUUUAUCUAUCUGUCUAUUUAUUAUUUAUUUUUUUGGGAUGGGUUGGGAUAGGAAACUUAGGGAGAUAUUUUCUGCAUCAUUUUUAGUGUUGGGUUACCCCCUAUAGCAAGUUAAUUGAAAGCUGAUUUUCUAGCUCCCCUCUCUCCUUUUAACAAUACAUAGGAAGAAUAAUCUAACUAGAUAGCUAAAAACGUAUGAAGCAUGAUGAUAGAGAAAAUUUUUCGGAAAUGAAGAACAUGGUUAUUAGCUCUGUUCCUCUGAAAGGUCAUUCAUUCCAUGCUUCCCCACGCCUGUUUACCCUCAAAUACUAUUUAUUAGCAGAAGAAAUUGAAACUCCC